UGAGAGAAGAGGGAAAAUAUACUUAAUAUGAAUUCUGUGUCUGGAAGCAAGGAUCGGAGUGCGUUUUCAAGGAAUCGAAAAUAUGUCGGGACGGAGAAUUGUUCUCCGACCAAAGUGGGAUCUUUCACCCCAGAAAGCUGGUACAGGAAGGGAUAUCAGAUGUGUGAGACCGGCAGCCGACCUGCCCCCGAGGGAGGCGGCUCUGUCCCGGGAUCGGGCACCGCGUCCCCGGGUUCAAGCGGCGGAUCUCCCGGCUCGUCCUUCACCGGUUCUCCCGGCUCCGGCGGUGGAUCUCCGGGCUCGUUGGCAGGAUCUUCCCCGGGCUCCGGCACCGGCUCCCCGGGCUCCGGCACCGGCUCCCCGGGCUCCAGCACCGGCUCCCCGGGCUCCAGCACCGGCUCCCCGGGCUCCGGCACCGGCUCCCCGGGCUCCAGCACCGGCUCCCCGGGCUCCGGCACCGGCUCCCCGGGCUCCUUCGGCUCUGAGGAUAAGGGGAUCUGGUGUGAAAACUGCAACACCAGGCUGGUGGAGCUGAAGAGGCAAGCGUUGAAGAUGAUGAUCCCAGGAGCUUUUUCCAGCAAGGACCCAGCUUUCUCAGCUUUGAUCCACGACAAACUCCAGGUUCCUAACACGACCAGGAGAGCCUGGAACGAGCGGGACAACCGUUGUGACAUCUGUGCCACUCACCUGAAUCAGCUGAAGCAGGAAGCCAUACAGAUGGUGCAGACCCUAGAGCAGGCAGCCACCUUGGAGCAGUACGACGCCUCGCCAGGCUCUCCCCCUCUGUCCAAUAUUCCCUCGCUGGUGGGCUCCCGCAACAUAGGCAGCCUGCAGGUGCCCAGAGACUGGGCCUUCGUUCCAGCCACAUACACCACCUCCACCUACACAGGCUUCCUGACUAACAAGUACACGGGCAAACCCAACACACUAGGAAUCGUCAAUGGGGUGGAGAAGAAGAACGGCUCCCCCGGACAUUCGGUAUCCAAGGCUGGGCUCCAGAUGGCCACCAGCCCCAACAACGGCAACAUCCUGAGCUCGGUGGCUAUUCAAGCUCACCAGUACUUGGAGGGAACAUGGUCUGUAUCGAGGACGAACGGAGUGACCCUAUAUCCCUAUCCGAUAUCCCAGCUGAUGUCAGAAAAUUGUCGGGAAGGGUUGACCGAAGCUGUCCUGAACCGGUACAACUCCGACAAGCCCUCAGUGUACAGCUUCCCUGGGUCACAGAGCACGUAUGUCACCAGUGUAGCCUCGAGUGGGACAUCAGCAGCUGCCUCCUUCUUCGCCAGAGCUGCUCAGAAACUCAACCUGUCUUCCAAGAAGAAGAAGCACCACCGCCCUCCUCCCCCAUAUGUGUCGGAGUCUCCCAUCUUCCCAACCAACUUCAGUGGCAGCCUGCAAACAUCCCCUCCACCGGCCCCCCCAUGUCUCCUGAGGGCCAUCAACAAGGUGAAGGACAAUCCUGGGAUGGGAAAGGUGAAGGUCAUGCUGCGAAUCUGCCAGGCUUCAGUUGGGGAUAUGUCUGAGUCCAGCUGUUUCUUUAAAGUUGAUCCUCGUAAAAAGCAAAUUACUUUAUACGAUCCAUCGAUUAAUGGGCUCCAAAAUUCCUCACAGAAAAGAGGCGGCCUGGUACCACCAAAGAUGUUUGCUUUUGAUGCUGUCUUCCCACAGGAUUCCUCACAGGCUGAAGUAUGCGCAGGGACGGUAGCGGAAGUCAUCCAAUCUGUAGUGAAUGGCGCAGAUGGCUGUGUGUUCUGUUUUGGCCAUGCCAAGCUAGGAAAGUCAUAUACCAUGAUUGGGAAAGAUGACUCCAUGCAGAAUCUCGGCAUAAUCCCUUGUGCUAUCUCGUGGCUCUUCAAACUGAUAAAUGAGAGGAAGGAGAAGACAGGAGCUCGGUUCUCCGUGCGAGUGUCUGCAGUCGAGGUCUGGGGGAAGGAAGAAAACCUGAAAGACUUGCUGUCCGAGGUCGCUACAGGCAGUCUGCAGGAUGGUCAGUCGCCUGGAGUUUACCUGUGUGAGGACCCAAUCUGUGGCAUGCAGCUCCAGAACCAGAGCGAGCUGCGAGCGCCGACAGCAGAGAAAGCAGCGUUCUUCCUGGAUGCCGCCAUUGCCUCCCGUCGCAGCAGCCAGUCAGACUGUGAUGAGGAGGAGCUGCGAAAUUCCCACAUGCUCUUCACUUUGCACAUAUACCAGUACCGGAUGGAGAAGAGCGGCAAAGGCGGAAUGUCAGGAGGUCGCAGCCGCUUACACCUCAUUGACCUGGGAAGCUGCGUAAAAGUGCUGAGCAAAAGUCGUGAGGGAGGCUCUGGGCUCUGCCUCUCUCUGUCAGCGCUGGGAAAUGUUAUUCUCGCUCUCGUCAAUGGCACCAAACACAUCCCCUACAAAGAAAGCAAGCUCACAAUGCUGCUGCGGGAAUCCCUGGGGAACCUGAACUGCCGAACAACCAUGAUCGCCCACAUCUCAGCCUCCUCCAGUCAUUAUUCAGAGACGCUUUCCACCAUCCAGAUCGCUUCACGAGUUCUCCGGAUGAAGAAGAAAAAGACAAAGUAUACUUCCAGUUCAUCUGGUGGAGAGAGUUCCUGUGAAGAAGGGAGAAUGCGUAGGCCAACACAACUCCGACCAUUCCACCCGAGGGGAGCGGUAGAGCCCGAUCUUCCCAUCCUAAACCUUUCAAGUGACCCAGACUACUCCUCUAGCAGCGAGCAGUCAUGUGACACUGUUAUUUACGUCGGCCCAAAUGGCACUGCUCUUUCAGACAAGGAGCUGACCGACAAUGAAGGGCCGCCUGACUUUGUGCCCAUUAUCCCCUCGCUGCAGAAGAAUAAAAAUGAGGUAAAGCCAGAAAACAGCAGUGAGCCCACAUCCGCCCACCCUGAGAAAGACUGCCUUAAAUGCAACACCUUUGCAGAGCUCCAAGAGCGACUUGAGUGCAUUGACGGCAGCGAGGAACCGAACAAGUUUCCAUUCGAAGAGUUUCCGGUUACACUGACGGGUGCAGACCCGUCAGUUAAAUACGAGCAAGUGCAAUCUCAGGAUGCUGAGGUCCAGCACUUAGCAGAGGAUUGCAACAUGGACAACCUGAUACCCAGCCACUGGACUGAUGUGGAGAAAACGGAGGAAGAAAUUCCUGCCCGAACCCAGUCCUCUGCUCCAAUAGGAAGUAAUAACUCGGCACCUCCUUCUCCUCGGAGUGUCAUGGGGAACAGUAACACCCAACCAAACUCACCGAGAGCACAGGCCAACAAUGUACAGAGCGUCAAAGAAGCCCCUGGUGGUGGUGCUGCUGUGGAAGCUAAACCAAGGCCUAUGGGAUCCCCAAGACUAGGCAUAGCAAGUCUUUCAAAGACAUCGGAAUAUAAGCCCCAGCAUUCUCCUUCCCAGCGCUGUAAAGUGUACACGCAAAAGGUAUCCUUACCCAGCACUGCUCCAGCUCAGCCUGUACACAAGGAUGGUGAGAAGACGCCAAACGAAACACUGCACCAGUCUGAAAUCCGAACUGCCCCCGUUGGAAUGAGUCCCCAAACAAUGAAGAAAUCAGUGUCUUCUGGCAGUGGCUGUUCUGAGGACCUACUCUUCUCCGACCAGGAUCAGGAGGUUACAGCAGAUCCAACGAAGGAUAUGAUGACUACAGCUACCGUCACCCUGCAGCAGCCCCUGGAGCUGAAUGGGGAGGAUGAGCUGGUGUUCACACUGGUCGAGGAGCUGACGAUCAGCGGCAUCUUGGAGAACGGACGCCCGACCAGCAUUAUUAGCUUUAACAGUGACUGCUCAGUGCAGGCCCUGGCCUCGGGCUCCAGGCCUGUCAGCAUUAUCAGCAGUAUCAACGAGGAUCUCGAGUGCUACGCAAAUGCGUCACCCUUCUCCGAAGUGAGCAUCACCAAAUUCCUGCCUUUCCCCAAGCCAGGCCUGGAUGAGAAGGUGUUGGUUUCCACCAGCAGACGUUCCUCCAUCAGCAGCUGGCUGAGUGAGAUGAGCACCGGCAGUGACGGAGAGCAGUCGUGUCACAGCUUUGUGGCUCAGACCUGCGGUGGCAAUGGCGAGGCUUUGGCAGACCCCUCAAUGCUGGACGAGCCCGUGGAGCUGCAGGACGACUGCGUGACGUACUUGGGGAACGAGAAAUACUCCGUGGUGGACAAUUUGUUUGCGGUGCCCGAGAGAGCCAGUGAGGCCAAAAGCUUGUAUAAAAUGACCUCCAAUAAGAACUGCAAGAUCUCCACCCUGGGGAAGACCACCCUUAGAAUAUCCAACGCCUCCAGCUUGACCAGCGCCGAUGGCUGUUUCCCCAUCAAGACGAACAUUUCGGUUCACCCCUGCAUCACAAUAAAGCCCAUCAACUUGGAUCAGAAUGAAGUGUUUUCGGCUGUGAAGUCUGCCACCGUGCUUUCUCAUCACUGUGACACCGAGCCUCCCGGCAACUGCUAUGCAAGGGAAAUGAAGUUUGACGACCCUUGGUUGAAACGUGUGGAUGACGUCAGCUUGGACGGCAGCCACAAGGUGGCGAAGGGCACAGCCGCCCUUGGCCAGAGCCGGAAGCAGAGCUCCGCGGACAGCUUCAGUGCCGGCAGCAGUGAAACUGCCGAUUCUCCUGUCCACACCGACCCCAUGAAGAGGGUUGUGGAUGGCUGUGAAAUGUCUCUGCCCACCUCCACCAGUCAGAGCUCCAUUUACUCCACCGAGAGCAUGAAACACGGCAGUCUGCCCAGGAGCCUGCAGCACGCUCUGCUGGGCAAACAGGAUGACCCCGAUAGUAUCUCACUGAGGUCUCUGUGCCUUGGGACAGAAAGCACAAGUGGGUCCGCUGCUACCUCACAGGCUUCCACUCCUUGUAGCCCACGGAACACACUGGAGAGAAGAGUAGCUUCUCCCAAACACACGAUGCUGGGCAGACCUAAGGGAACACCCCCACUGCCUCCGGUUAGGAAGUCCAGCCUGGAUCAGAGAAACCGAGCCAGUCCGCAGCACGGAGCUGGCAGCAACAGCACCUCUAGUCAAGCUUGGCCAUCGCUGGCAAAAACACUAGACGACAUGAGUGGCAAUGGCAAGGGCAGUAAAGGAAGCAGUGGGAAAAGUGAGCAGUUCAGUAGCAGGACCAACUCUCUGAGCAGAAAUUACACAGGACAUUAUGAAUGUUUAUCAUUGGAAAGGGCAGAGAGCCUGACCUCCGUAGGCUCCAAGGUCAGUGCGUGCAGGGACAGCACGAUGCCCAGAACAGGCAGAAGCUUGAGUCGCAGUGCCAUGUCUUCGCCUGUGAACUCGGGGGCAUCCCUGCCUGUGGCCGUCUCUCCAAAGUCCAGCACCUCGAAAAUGUCAGCCGUCAGCAAGCUGCUCCUGGCGAGUCCCAAGUCACGUAGCCUGUCAGCAUCCAGCACAAAGACGCUGAGCUUUUCCACCAAAUCCUUGCCCCAGUCAGUGGGCCGCAGCUCCAGCAUGCCACCGAACUCCAAGAACAUGUCCUGGUCAACUCAGUCCCUGAGCAGCAAGCAAAGCAGAGGUUCCAGUGUGGUUGCCAAGCUUCCUCUCCGAGCUGUCAACGGACGUAUCUCCGAGUUACUCCAAGGGAGCGUUGGAAUCAGGGCCACUCACCUGAGAGGGACCACAGACACGGACGAGCGAGGCUCACACGUUGGCGAGGAGAAGUGCCCUCCGCAGGUGCUUCCUUCACCUUACAGUAAGAUCACGCCACCCCGUAAACCCCAUCGGUGCAGCAGCGGCCACGGGAGUGACAACAGCAGCGUUCUGAGUGGGGAGCUGCCUCCAGCCAUGGGGAAGACAGCCCUCUUUUACCACAGUGGUGGGAGCAGUGGAUAUGAGAGCAUGAUCAGGGACAGCGAGGCCACGGGGAGCGCAUCCUCGGCACAGGACUCCAUGAGCGAGAAUGGCAACUCGGUUAUAGGAAGGUGCAGAAGUCUCAAGUCCCCUAAGAAGAGAAUGAACACAGGUUCCCAGAGACGGCGUCUUCUGCCUACCUUGUCCCCUGAUGCGGCGUCCCCAGCACGGAAGCCGGCAAACAGCUCUGGUGUCCGCUGGGUUGACUUGCGGCCUGUACAGAGAGGGAUGGCAGAGCCAUUUGAGAUCAAAGUUUAUGAAAUUGAUGAUGUGGAGCGACUGCAAAGGAGGCGGGCAGCAGACAACAAGUUGCGGGGAUUUGUAUGUUUCAAUGCAAAGCUGAAGAUACUGGAGCACCGACAGCAAAGGAUCUCAGAUGUCAAAACCAAAUAUGAAGUGCUGAAAAAGGAGCUGGAAGCCACCAAGCAGAGACUGAUGUUGGAUCCCAGUAAAUGGAUCAGCGAGUUUGACCUUGACCAAGGAUUUGAGGUGGACUCGCUGGAGUACUUGGAAGCCCUGGAGUGCGUCACGGAACGUCUUCAGCACCGGGUCAAUUUCUGCAAAGCCCACCUCAUGAUGAUCACGUGCUUUGAUAUCACCCGCGGACGGCGUUAAGCUCCCGGUGAAGAUGAUGACAACGGGAAGGGGGUGGGUGGGUGAGAGAGGGCGGGGCUGGGGCUGAAAAGAGGGGAGUUGAAAAGGAGACAUCCAAAGAUAACAGAAAGAGAAAGAGUGUAGGCGCAAAGUAUGGAGCAUGUAGGCGGAAAGAGAUUUCUCACAGAGGAAUGUAUGCAAACAAAUUUUAAAUGAGAAAAGGGGAUGAUAUUGGAAUGUGAGGAUACACGUUCUCUCGUGAGAUAGACUGAGCACUUUGAGGAAUUUUGAUUUAGGUGUAAAUAUGAAUUGCUUGCGCUAGUUCCCCCCACCCCCCCAACCCCAACCCUUGCGCAGGGGAACGAAGGGCUGCUACUGAGAAAGGAUAUACAGAAAGGACUACAAGUGCCUUGUAAACUUUUAUUAUAUAUUAUUCCAAAAUCUUACAACAAAUUCAUUAUUGUACAGUUGGUGCUAGAUGAUAAGUUUGUUGUACACGUUAUAGAAGCAGUAUCCGUUUUGUAAACCUGCGCACAGGCUGCAUUCUGUCCAGAUGUAAUAACUCGAACCUGCAUACCAUUCCUGUUCAUGUGCAUCCACAGUCUCACCAAACUCAAGGACAAAAGAAAGCUGAUUUAAAACAGGGGGAUGGAAAGAGGGUGGAGAAUCUAUACAGCAAUACAGCAAAAAUCAUACCUUUUUGUGGAGGGUCGGGGGGUGUGCGGAGGGAGAUGUUGGGGGGGUGGGGGGUGGAGUCAAGGAAAAUGAUUUGGUAAUGUUUUGAACCAAUUUUUAAAGGACACUCCACGGUACUUUUUUUUAAAAAAAGAUAUAAAGGCUGGCGUAUUGUACAGGGCAUCGAAGUGUGGAUUUUGAGCAUUGAAAUCCAGACUAGGUACAUUUAACAAAAAAAAGAUAAUGUUUCUGUAAAGAAUGAAAUCAGAUGGUUUUAAUAGGUGUUUUAACUACUUGCUGUUUUUACGUAACUUGUAUUUAUAGAGUAGGAUAGUUGUCAGGAACAGCACAUUAUUAAAGUGACUGUCUUUUACUAACAGUAUCAAGGCCACUCAGAGAGAGACUGUGAAGUCUCUCAGGCAGAUGAUCCCUGGAAAGGACUCUUUAUUCAUAAAAUUGAAAAAUAGCCAGAAAAACCUUGAACACUUCCUUUCAGUUCACUGUGGCUGCCGACUGCAAUCAGUGGGAUAAUUGGAACAGACGUGUACAUGCCACAAUUCAAACCUUGCCUGCACUGCUGCCCUCUGUAAAUGCAAGUGCCAUUUGCAGACUGGGUGUGUUGUGUUUUGUAACGUUCGUGGAUUAGCCUCUCCCAUUUUCUUCAGCAGACACAAGUCACAUUGUGUCCUGCAGUCUCCUGAGGUGUUAUUCAACAAACACACGAGGAAGUCCUCUCUCGCUCAAAGGGAGGCUCUCUCUUACAGUAUUUACUUGCUGGAUGUUUUUCCCAAAUGUUUUAGCUCACAGUUAUAUUACACAUAUGAUCCUAUAACGCUGUAAAAUGCCUCCUCCCACAGCCCCCGACCCCCACUCCCACCCCCACCCACACACACACCCUCUGAAGGAUGUUAGAGUGAGAGUUGAAUGUAAUUUUAGAUUCAUACAAAUAUUGUGCCAUGAGUUGCAGAUUAUACCUAUUGGUGUUUAGGAAUCUCCAGUUAAGGAUGCAACAGAAUGGGCAGUGUUCCCUCUCACAGGGAGAUGCCACUUCACAUCUUGACCCGACUGCUGUUUAUCCUCCACAUCUGUCCUGACAAUGGGUUUGCCAGUCUGACAAAUUGAAGGAGAAAAUCCAGUUGAAGAUGGACCCUGGUGGAGCAACAAUUGCCAACCCCCUCCAUCCUACAUCAACUCCUCCCACCACCACCGCACGAAAAAGGUGCACCAUUUCCCAAACAGGAGAAGCUAACAUGGAAAGAGGAUUAUAGGGAAUGAGAAGAACCCGGGUUAGAAAGAGUUCCGAUCAUUUCGGAUCUGAAUAUUCCCAGUUCAACAAUAUGACAGUAUUAUCACACUAUUUUACAAACAGGUAGAAGUAUCCAAGAAGAGGGAUUCUCCUGCUUAAAACACAAAUGUAAAUCUUGUACAGUGUAACUAUAGUCACCACUAAAUAGCAGCAAGAGAUAAUGCUGUAAUGAUAGUAUCGGCUUGGAUCUUGCAGAAUCCUAGUGAAAGAUGUUAGGGUUCACUGCUGUGCUGCAGAUAAUGGUGAAGAAAAUGAAUCCAGAGUAAUUUAGGGAGAUUCACAACAAAGCCCACAUCAAGACAUCUGGUGGGAAGGCACAUUCGAAUCUCUGUGUCCUUUCCAAUAUUUCUCUUCCUAACCAACUACAAAGAUCAAUGAUUGUGCAGAAAUGGAAAGUGUCAAAACAAAGUUAGUUUAUAGAAUAAAGCAAAAAAAAUCAGUAUAAUGAUCACAGCAGCACAACUGAUGCUGCUGGAGAUAUAGCUACUAUUAAGGCUAGGGUGUAGGCCUUACUGGAUGUGCCAAAUCGGUCAAUGAGAAUUUUCAAUUCCAUCAAUGCUGGAGUUGGUUUUCGUGAGGUUAAUAAUUUUGCCAAAAGAGUUUUUGUUUCACAAUCAAAGACUCUGAAGGCAUAAAGAAGUUAAUCAUUUACUAGAAUUGGUUGAUGGGUCAAUGAGUUUUGACAGCCAUUCCUGGAGAUAACAAGGACAUUCCCUGGGGGUGGCAAUGCCUUUUGGUUCCACUGCAGUCAGUUAAAGAGCAGGACUGAGGUGUUUAUCUGCCUGAGAAGCACGUUUUGCUUUGUGUGGUCUUUCCCAAAGUUGUGCAUUAUAUUUUGCGAAUAGUUGUCUCUCAAUGGUGCUUGAGGCAGUUUCAGCUCUAAAUGUUUAUACGUCUUUCUGUCUCUAUCAACUAAAGUUAAUCUCACAGCUGGAACUGCUACCAACUAACACUCCUGUCACAUUAUGUAUGAAGGACAUAAUUUAUUUAUAAACUCAGGAUGCCCUUGUUUUAUAAAGUUGCUUGUAUUUUGUAAUUUAUUUACACAUCAUGAUUAAAAGAAACGCUGAGAAGUGCUAUGCAUUGUUAUGUACAGUUGCCAAAAUUCAUAUCAUUCCAUUGUCUUUUUUCGCUUGGUUUCCUUUCAUUGUAAUCCCAGAAUUUUGUGUCAUAAAAGUUGAGGCUUGCCGUUUACUUAACUUGUGUACAAAAUGUGUACGAUAGUCAAAUAUUGUAGCCUGUUAUUGUGAAUAAACAGUAUAUUUUACAU